AUGGAAUUAACCAAUCGUUUUGAACCACUUAAUUUACUAUCUAUCAAUGAAGAAUCUGUAGAUUCUUGUUUUGUUGAUGAAACUUCAUCAAAUGAAAAAGUAAAAGUAACUGAUGAACAACUGACAAACAAUUGUUGGAAUAUACCAGAUUAUGUAGAAAAACGAAUUCCAUGUUCACCAAUUCAUAUUUCAAAAAAAGAAACAUAUUAUUCUAUCAAAAGAAAACAAUCUUCUAUAAAUACUAAAAUAAUUCGAGAAAAUAAUAAAGACAAAUUAUUACCCACCGUUGAAAUAGAAGAUCAACCUACGACAACUUAUUCUUACUAUCCUCCUCAGCCCUACAAAUUUAAGCAAAAUCGAUCGUAUCAACACAAUCAAACUAUGCCAAAAUUUAAUCAAAGAAGCAACGUUCUUCCAAAACAUACUUCGCCUCGUGGUAAUAGCAAAGCAUGUACACAUCAAAUAUAA